CCUAUCUGUCAGACUUCACAGCUGGUUCACACACAGCAUGGGAGCAACUCAGGAUCUGCCUGAUCUGAAGGAGAUGGAAAAAGAGGAUGGGGCAAUUUAAGUUUUCCCAGACUUAUUGAAUGGACUGUGUGACUAAUGGCUUACAGUGCUUUGUAGGAGUUACGGUUUAAGUGGUUUCAACUAUUUUCUAAUUCAUCCACUGAGGGUGUGUCUGGGACUCAGUGUUACUACCAGGCUACGGCAUGCAGGAUGGGCCAAACUCGCUCGGAUCUAUCGCACAGCACCGCCGCCCCCGGCAGAGCGAAGCGGAGAGCAGGCGAAACAGCUCAGCAGCGACUCUCUAUCUGCCUGUUUCGGUGCGGAGAGAAGCCACGGGGUGACCAGUUAAACCGGAAUCCGAUGAAAAAUAAAGUGUUAUCGUGUCUGGGAAGGAGAAAGCGAGACUCAGGUGAAACAGAAGCCGAUAUAGGUUGCGGAAACGGAGCCGGAGAUCCAGCAACGCGCCGCGAUCACAGAGUAGGAAAGUUGCCGAGGGACGAGGUUGUGUCGGCGGUUGGGGAGCACCGAGCAUCCCCGGGUUGUUUCGAGACCCCACCCGGCCUAGAUGGAAGUGACAAGGCUAUCCAACACACCGUGAACCGAGAGACAGCGGCUGAAUCGUCCGAUGCGUCUGGUUUGGGAACCGGUGAAGUCAGCGGAGCGGGCUGCGAGGAGCCGAAACCCGAGCGAGAGGACAAUGCCUCGGAUCCCCCGACGAGGGCCAUGGAAGAGCAGCUACCGGGGGGACACAACCAGGACCUUAUUGUGUCUGAGGAAUUAACCAGUGUGAGUUCAGCCCAGCUGCUUACUUCUGAUCCGGACACUGAGCGGACUUUGUCCCGCCUGUCCCCGGAUCGACCGGUGGACAGUGGGCUGUCGAUUACAGACGACCACGCGGAGGUUAAGAUGACUAAAAGUGACUGUAACACCGUUUCAUGUCGGCCCAAAGCGGCUCCCGUUAAAAGUGAGAGCCGAAAUGAAUCUGUUGUGGUCCCCCAGGGUCCCACAGGGGGCCAAAGUUUUCCAGGAACCAUACCGAAACUCAUAAUAACCAGAGACCCCAGUCCGACCCGCUCUCCUGCCCUGCUGACCGUCCGAACGGAGCUCAGCACCGGCUCGUGUCUGGAACCUCACCCCGAUGACGAGUCGCCCUGCUCGGACAGCGGCUGCGGAGGGUCCCCUGCGCUGAUGCGGUCCCCGAGGAAGCUGUCCAACUCCUCCUCCAUCGGCCUGUCCUCCGCCUCGUCCUUCGAGGAGUCCGAGGACGACUUCACCGGGAGCGACAUCGAGUCCAGUCUGUCUCCAGCCCGGUCAAUGUGCAGCCCGGAGGAUGGGACAGGGAAUAAGUCCUGGCAGAAACUGAAGACCAUGGUUCACUGGUCCCCCUUCGUCGUGUCCUUCAAGAAGCGUUACCCAUGGGUGCAGCUAGCUGGCCAUGCCGGUAACUUCCAGGCUGGGGAGUACGGACGCUUGUUAAAGCGAUACUGUGAGUGUGAGCAGCAGUGCCUACAGAAGCUGAUGGAGGACACUCUGCGGCCCCACGUGCCUGGUUAUUAUGGUGUAGUAAAGAGAGACGAGCAGGACUAUAAUCUGAUGGAUGACCUGCUUGCUGACUUUGACUCGCCCUCCAUCAUGGACUGUAAGAUGGGCAGCAGGACGUACCUGGAGGAGGAGCUGAUAAAAGCCAGAGAGCGUCCACGUAUGCGGAAGGACAUGUAUGAGAAGAUGGUUGCAGUGGACCCCGGGGCCCCCACAGAGGAGGAGAGGGCCCAGCAGGGAGUCCUCAAACCCCGAUACAUGCAGUGGAGGGAGACGCUCAGCUCCACAGCCACCCUGGGCUUCCGCAUCGAAGGCAUUAAGAAAGCUGAUGGAACUUGUAACACCAACUUUAAGAAGACAAAGCACAGGGAGCAGGUGAUGCAGGCCUUGGGGGACUUUGUAGCUGGAAACACACAGAUUCUGAAACUCUACCUGCAGCAUUUGGAGGAGCUCCGUUCAGUCCUCGAGCAGUCGCACUUCUUCAGAUCACACGAGGUCGUGGGCAGCUCUCUACUGUUUGUGCACGACGCCUCGGGGAAGGCCAGAGUGUGGAUGAUCGACUUUGGGAAGACGGUUCCCCUUCCGGACACUUGGACCUUGGACCACAGGACUCCGUGGGUGGAGGGGAACAGGGAGGACGGCUACCUGUGGGGACUUGACAACCUCAUAGACAUCUUCAGCAGUAUGCUCCCACAGACGCCUUGAGAGAAAGACUCAGAAGACUGCAGUGAGACAGAUGGUGGAAAAGAUACAAGACUGGGAGAGUUUGAAGAAAAGUAUUGAUGAUUACACAAACUGAGGCUGACAGAAGAAGGACCCACGCCAAGUGUCUUUAUCCCAUUAUACCUGUGUGAGAUGGAGAUGAACUGAGACAAGCGCAGGAUUUUUGAUGCAAAGUGGAAUAUGCCAAAGGCCGCCUUCAUGCUUAAUGCAUUCGUAGGACAGAACUGAAGGAAACAGCAGAAGGAUUGCAAAGAGGGAAAACUGAAUGCAGAACUUUUGUUACAUGAACUGUGGAGAGCAUCGUCCUCUGACUUCUUGGACCUCUAACAGUCUUUUUUUUCUACAAAGACACUUUUAACAUUGCUCAUCUCCCUCCUCAACAUCUCCCUCUGUUGCGUCAGAGUUGCACACUGCACUCUCACAAACAGUAGAGGAAUGAAACUUUUUAGCCUUUGAGGAGCAGAUUUUUGUCAUGGACCAUUUUGAUGUUUAAAUAUACAGCAACACUAAAACGCUGGUCUGACCACGUGUUAACUAACUUUAUGUAAAUACCAUUUUAUUUAAAAAUUUUUUUUGGCCUUGGUAUAAUCUCCUUACCUUGUUUGUACAAUUUCUGUGCCUAGCAUUUUUCAAGAGCUGUUUGAUCAUUCCAGUGCUUUGGACUCGUGCUGUUUUUCAUCCAAAGAGUUCACCUCCCAAGUGUAAACUGAUUUAAUCCCAAAGUUUAACUUCUUGCAGAAAAGUGUUUUUUCUGAAUUUGGAUUUUUUUUUUGUAUGAUAAUGCAGUGAGUUUUUUUCUUGUUUUCUCUGUGCAGUAAGAAGCUUGGCAGCCAUGUUUGUCUGGAAUUUGUUGCACUAUGGAUCCUCGCAAAGCCAUUGAACAAAUCAAGCGGUGCCUCUGUGUGUCUUAAGAUGGGAAGCAGCAGUUUACAGAUGCAUAUUUUUUAGAAGUUUGUAACAUUCCUUUAAGUUGUGAUCAGAGUUGCUUCAAAUUUGCAGGGAGUUUCACAGCAUAGCAGUGGUUGAAAUCAAACUGGAUUUACCUGAUCGAACUGAUAAGUCAGUUUUAGGCUUGUGUGAGGUUUCACUUAUCAGCUUACAUGUGAUCUGGAAACUGGAAAUUUUUAAUGUGUCUUAUGAUUCAACGGGUGACUAAUCGAAUACAACGAAGUCGCUUUUUAAACACAAGGCAGUGCUGUCAGUCUCAUUUAGCUACACUAAACACGAGCUUUGUGGGAUUAAAGUUGUUUAUGCAGCACGGAGAGUUUACAAAGAAACAACAUUGUUAUAUUUAGCGUCACUGCUCACAGUCAUAUCUGUUGUUCCUCCACUGGAACGCAGCAGGUCGUGAUCAGUCUUCAAGGCGUCCUUCAACAGUGUCAGGCAGCACUGUUUGGCUGUGUGUGUGUGUUAUCUGACUUCAUGAAAUUGGAAUUCAAAUUCGUUUUUUUUCAUUUACUGAAAAGUAAGCGUGCUGGGAGAGAGGAAUAAUAUGGUGUUUACAAAGUAUUAUAAGUGUUUGCCCACAAAUCUUCUAUAUUUGUAAAGUGGCAAACGAUCACGUUUUCACACUGUGUGCUGCUUUGUAAGUAAGAAAACUGGAUUCAUAACCACAUUUUGUAUAUUUGAAAGGCAGUGCUUUUUAAAGUCGCAAAGCACAGACAGACUGGUUAAAACUGAUAUUGAUUCCCUGCUUUGUCCAAGUCAUGGAUUGCAAUAAACUGGAAAUAGUUUUCA